AAUACCACUAACAGAAAAUAUCGAGCGGCUAACAUUUGAAAGAAUAUACAGCCUUGCGAUAUGUAUAGUUUUUUGUGUUUGACAAACCCAACAAUCCAAUAGAAUUAUGCCAUAAAAAUGUCCAAAUUAUCAUUGUGCCGAAUGUGUUAAGCAAAAGAACCGAACCGAGUUUCGAUAAACGGUUAACACUCACACACACACAUACAUCUGUACACUGGCAAAAUGCCCGACUACGUACCGGCACGGGGAUUCAAGGAGAUGGAGAACCUGAUCAAGCUGUACGAGAACCAGCGCAGCCCCAUCUACAUCUACUUCUACGGCGAGAAGGACAAGGCCGGACGCAGCUGGUGUCCGGACUGCGUGGCGGCCGAGGACACCAUCAUGAGUGCCUUUCGCACCCACGCGCCGGCGGAUUGCAUGAUCCUGGUGGUGGACGUGGGCAACCGGGAGUUCUGGAUGGGCAAGGAGAAUUUGUUCCGAAAGCCGCCCUACUCGGUGGAGGGCAUACCGACACUCAUACGCUGGAAGGGCGUGGAGCGGCUGGAUGGGGAUCAGCUGCUCAAGAUGAGUCUGCUGGAGCUAUUUUUCGAGGAGACCGAUCCGAAGAAGUCCACUUUUGUCGCUCAAUAAAAUGCGAUUUGAC